CAUUAGUCUGGAGGAAGAUAUAGGGUUACAUCCUUCAGUAACACACUCCUCUACACUUGAGUCAGGUGAAGACCGUCUCUGUAGAGACUUCCGGAUAUGGCUGUAGUAAACAUGGGCUGAGGAGGCAGGCACUGAGGGAGGACCAGGAGAUGGACCUGAAAUCUUGAAUUCGUGUGUUUGAAAGUGCUGACCUUGGAACAGAGGAUUGCUGAGUGUGCGGAAGAUGUCAUGGACCCUCGCUACUGCUCGGACACCUGGGGCAUGACCUGCACCCCCUAGGAUGCCUGGAUGGUUCAAAAAGACGUGGUAUGGGCUGGCAUCCUUACUCAGCUUCUCCUCCUUCAUAAUGAUCAUCAUUGCCUUGGCGGUGCCCCACUGGCUGAGUGGGAAAAUCCUUUGUCAGACUGGAGUGGACCUGGUCAAUGCCACGGAUCCAGAGCUGGUCAAAUUCAUUGGGGACAUUUACUACGGACUCUUCCGCGGGUGUAAGGUGCGGCAGUGUGGGCUCGGCGGCCGACAGUCCCAGUUCACAAUCUUCCCGCACCUGCUGAAGGAGCUCAACGCGGGCCUGCACGUGACCAUCCUGCUGCUCCUCUUCCUGGCCCUGGCGCUGGCGCUGGUCAGCAUGGGCUUUGCCAUUCUCAACAUGGUCCAGGUUCCGUACCGAGCAGUCAACGGCCCCGGGGGCAUCUGCCUGUGGAAUGUUCUUGCAGGCGGAGUCAUGGCUCUGGCCCUCGCCAGCUUCACGGCUGCGGUGAAAUUUCACGACCUGACCGAGCGAAUCGCCAACUUUCAGGAGAAGUUCUUUCGCUUCGUGGUGGUGGAGGAACAGUACGAAGAGUCGUUCUGGAUCUGCGUGGCCAGCGCCUCAGCCCACGCCGCUAACUUGGUGGUGGUGGCCAUCAGUCAAAUUCCCCUCCCGGAGAUUAAGACCAAAACAGAAGAGGCCACGGUCACGGCCGAGGAUAUCUUGUAUUAAUAGCCUUUUCCUAACUCAGUUCUGUACUGUGAAAGGAGACCUCUUUUUCUUUCUUUUUUUUUUUUUUCUUUUUUAUUUUGCGGGCAUCACAGUCCAGAACGUCUAUGUUCUUGGCAGUAAAAAGGAAUUAGAAGGAGGAAAAGGUGGUCCCUGGGCCAGAAAAGAAACUCCAAACUCCUGGCAUCCCUGCACUUCUCUGUCACUGACCUUGGAGUUAGUCUGCCACUUGCCUGCCUUGUGUGACAUUGGACAAUUCAAUUCAUGUCUACUUCUCAGUUUCUCCAUCUGUAAAAUGGGGAUAUUAAUGACCUCACAAUGAGGUUUGAAUGAGUGAUAAUGUUGCCAGCCUUCAUAUAUUAUAGAGGUCCCCACACUAUACACUCCAGGAAAUGUCUAGAGCCCAUUGGUAUCGUCUACACAAUAUUGGGGGGAUGCACAGAGAAGUAGGAUAACGUCCCUGGCCUCCAGAAACACCUAGUCUUUCCGCACGACACAGGAAUCAGAUAGCAACCGUAACACUAAGAAUGAAAAUAAGUCCCAUUUUUCUGAGUGGUUACUACAUGCAGUUUUAAAAGUUUUACAUGUAGUAAGUCAUCGAGUCCUCACUAUAAACUCAGAUUGUAGAUAUAGUCCCAUAUCACAGAUGAAGAAGCUAAGGCAUAAAGAGAUUGGGUAACUUGCCCAGGUCAGGAAUUAAAUGGAGGAAGUCUAGAGCCAGAGUUUACACUUUUAACCACUUUGCUAAUCUGACAUUUGACGUACAAGCCAUUGCAAGGCCAUGUGAUCAGUGUUAAAACAGGACAUGCAGAAAAGACCCACAAACGAAUCAGUUCUUCAGGAUGGGAUGUGGUAUUAAAGAUAGUAUUACAGAGUUGACACUUGAUCUGAGCAUUGAAAGAUGAGGAGAAUUUUUCCAGUGGUGAGGGAAGCAAGGUUGGAAAAGAGCGUUCCAGGAUAAGUCAGUAAUGAGGCAGAGGCGCAAGGCAGGAAACUACAAAGAGGGCUGGGUAGUAUGUGAAUUGUCAGUGGGAUUAGAAUAUUGCUCUAAUUCAUCUGUCAGAUAAACGCAGCUGUUUUGUGUUCGAUUUUUGCUAAGUGGUUCUCUGGUGGUUAAUUUUAUGUGUCAGCUUGGCUAGGCCAUGGUACCCUCAUAUUGGUCAAGUAUUAUUUUAGAUGUUUCUGUGAAGGGAUUUUUUUUGGAUGGGGUUAAUCAGUAGACAUUAAGCAAAGCAGAUUGCCCUCCAUAAUGUGGGAGGGUCUCAUCCAAUCAGUUGAAGGCGUUAAGAAAAGGACUGCCCUCCCACGGGAGAGAGGGAAUUCUGCCAGGAAACUGCCACCAGACUCAAACUGCAGCUCUUCCCCAGACCUCCAGACUGCCAGCCUACCUACCCUGCAGAUUUUGGAUUUGCCAGACUCCACAAUCGUGUGAGCCAAUUCUGCAUAAUAAAUCUCUUUCUCAUACGUGUGUGUGCGCACACACACACACACACACAUCCUCUUGCUUCUAUUUCUUUAGAGAACACUCACUCAUCUGGGUACACAACUCAUUAUUAAUUCAUUUCCCCACGAUGCCAGCUGGGGCGAAUCCUUCCCCAGCUCUCCCAUCCUCAUGCCAAGUAAAAGUUAUCUAAUCCCCCCAAAUUAGCUUCAUCUGAAAUGAUACCUGAUUUGGACUCACUCUUUCUUUCCUUAACACUGAGCUUCAGAAAGUUUCCAUGGCAUCUCUUCCAUUCUGUUCUAACCCCGAGUGCUUUCCUGCUGUGCUCCUCUGUGCCUUCCAGGCCUCCCCCCCCCCCACACCACCCAGACACAGCUGCAGUCCUAUUUAGCAGACUGACAUCACUCAUCAAAUAUGCAGGUGGCACAUGGCUGGAAGGGAUCGUUAACGUGAUAAGAGAUGGAUCCCAAAGAUAGGGACAGACUGCAGUGCUGCCUUGAAAACAAGUGGAAAUGUCAGUGUUCCUUCAAGUUGAACAUAAAGCCCUGCUGAUUGAGAUUUUUUAAAAUCAAUAACAUAAACAGAAGACUCUGGCAACAGUUUAUAUGACAAACAUCUGAGGGUCUUGGAACGUUUAUUCAUUCAUUUUACAAGUAUUGAAACUUCUGGUAGUAGAGCAGUGAACAGACACAAAUUCCUGCCCUCCAGAGAUUUCAUUCUCCAAGCAGCUGGGUGCUGGAGACAGUCAGGUUCAGUCUGGAAGACAUCUCUCAGGGCUACUACAGAAGAGAUUCCUAUGUGAAAUUUUGUGAGUUUGUUACAGGUGAGGGGAGGAGUGGGAAGGAGGGAGAAUAAAUAUCUGGGUCACGAUACACUCAAAGGUAGAGAAUACAUUUUACGGGAGUAUUUUGGUUAUAGUUAAUCUGGUCAUUUUAUGAGUAAGGAAAAAAAUAAUAAUA